GAAGACAGAGAGAUUAUCUCCAAAGUACCAAAUUGAAGAUGACCCCACUGUGGAGAAUGGACUCAUGAUGCCCAACACUUCCUUCAACUCCCCCGUGGGAGAAAGUGGAUAGUCCCCCGCAACCUGUUGUAAGUACAAGUGCAGAGUCCAUACAAGAGCAGAAACUGGAUGCUCCAAAAGAAACUAAUGGCAAUGCUAAUGAGAGUUCCAAAACGGAUGUGCAUGGUGGUGUUGUCUGGGACAUCUUUCGAAGAGAGGAUGUUCUAAAACUUACUGAGUAUCUGAAUAGACACAAACAUGAGUUUCGUCACAUCUGUAACCAACCUGUGGAAUCUGUUAUUCACCCAAUUCAUGACCAGAGUAUGUUCUUGAAUGAAAGCCAGAAGAAACAGCUGAAGAAAGAGUUCGAUAUGGAGCCAUGGACAUUUGAGCAGCAUCUCGGUGAAGCUGUUUUCAUCCCUUCAGGUUGUUCUCAUCAAGUGAGGAAUAUACAGUCAUGCAUAAAGGUGGCACUUGAUUUUGUUGCUCCUGAAAGCGUAGAGGAAUACCUUAGGCUAACGCAAGAGAUCCGGAGACUACCAGAAGACCACAGAUUCAGCGAAGAUAGAUUAGAGAUUAAGAAAAUAGUGAUGCAUGCUGCGAGCUCAGCCAUAAGAGAAGCUAAAGCUCAGCUCAGCUGUAAGUAG